AUGCUCGGCAGCUGGUCGAGACGUGUCAAGACGUGUCGUGCCGUAGAAUGGCACGUUGGGCAUUGGCUUUGCUCCCCUGCCCCGUCGCUGCCAACCCUGUGCCCCAUCGCCGCCCGCGCUCAGGCCAUUAUGGAUGAGCCCUGGGAGGCUCCCGCGCGCCAAGGCAGACUAGGAGACAAGGGGAACCACUUCACACCGGACCCUACGUCAGACGUGCAUGUCCGCACCUUUAGGGGAACAACAUACUACACGAACGUCUACGCCUUUGUCAACCAACUCAAAGCCUUAGUUCCACUGAAGUCUGAGGAGGUGGUUCGCGCCAACCUACCGUCAUGCCUAAGGGAAGCGGCAGCCCGUUGGUAUAGCGCGGAGCUAUCAGAGGAAGAGAGGCAGGACUUAAGUGUCGGAGUGGGCGCAGAAUAUGCUGCGGGACGCCCAAGCAGCGGAAAUAACGGGUACUACAACAGUGCUCCGUUUAAUAUGGACGCGCAUUUAGCCAGCCCUACAACGUGA